AUGUCGCGCGACGACGGCGCGAAAGACAAACGCCCGAUCGUCGUCAUCAAGGUCGGCACGAGCUCGCUGCUGAAGACGAACGACGGGUGCGUGCACCUGUCCCAGCUCUGCGCGCUGUGCGAGACGGUGGCCAACCUCAAGCGUCACGGAUACCACGUCGUGCUCGUGAGCUCGGGCGCGGUGGGGGCGGGCAUGGUGAAAAUGGGGAUAAAACCCUCGGCGACGAAGCCGUCGCUGGCGCGUAAACAAGCGCUGGCGGCGAUCGGGCAACCGUACUUGAUGAGGUAUUACACCGACGUGUUUUCGUCUCUCGGCGCGAGCUGCGCGCAGGUGUUGCUGACGCUGGAGAAUCUGUCCAAUCGCACGCAAUACCAAAAGGCGAAACAGACGUUUGAGCAGCUAUUUGAACUCGGGGCGAUUCCGGUGGUGAACGAAAACGAUACGGUGGCGGUGGAGGAGUUGAGGUUCGGGGACAACGAUACGUUGAGCGCGCAGGUGGCGGCGCUCGUCGAGGCGCAGUAUUUAUUCUUAUUGACGGAUGUCGACGGAUUGUACACGUCGAAUCCAGCGAGCGAUCCCGCGGCGAAGAAGAUCGAAACGGUGGAAGAUAUAAACGCCUUAGACGUAGACGUGAACUCGGGCGCAGGCUCAAACGUCGGUACCGGCGGGAUGGUGACCAAGCUCACAGCGGCGCGCAUCGCGAGCGCGGCGGGGUGUCAGACAGUCAUCUGUCUUGCAUCCGUGCAAGGCACAGCCAUCAUGGACGUGUUGGCUGGUAAAUCGGGGAUAGGUACCCGAUUUUUAGCGGCCAAGAAAAGCGCGAGAGGGAAGAAGCGUUGGUUAUUAUCGGUGCCCAUCAAGGGCGAGGUGCGAGUCGACGAAGACGGCGCCAAGGCUGUGCUAAACGGCAUGGCGCUCAUGGUUUCGAAAUGCGUAGCCGUGGAGGGCACGUUUGGCUUGCAAGAAAGUGUGCGCAUUUUAGACGAAAACGGCGCCGAGCUCGGGCGUGGUCUCUCCAAUUACAUCAUCGGCGCAAUGCGCGAUUUUCUCCAACGCGGCCCGGCGACGAGCGACGACGAAUGGGAAGACGAUCUCGACGGGCCGCCCGAGUUGAUUCACUCCAACAACGUGUGCAUCACCAACGCCGAGACGCUCGCCAAGUCUUUCGUUCUACGAAAUAUAGGCACGUAUGGGUCGAUGAUGAUGGACGGAGGCGCCUCGAGCGGCGACGACGAACGAUGA